CUAACCUCAAAAAACGCCGAAACUUGAUGUUAAUGUUAGCUAGGUUAUAAAAACAACAGAAAGAUACAAUAAAAUUAUAUAUCUGGGUAAAUUAUUGAAUUCUGACAAUGGCGAUGCAAAAUCCGUCCGAUGUGGAUGCUGACCAAAUUAAAUCUUUUCGAGAGUUUUUGACUUCGUAUAAUAAACUCUCUGAAAUUUGUUUUAUUGACUGUAUAACUGAUUUCACAACAAGAGAUGUUAAAGCCAAAGAAGAGAAAUGUGCUCUUAAUUGUAUGGAAAAGUAUCUGAAAAUGAAUCAAAGAGUGUCGCAACGUUUUCAAGAAUUUCAGAUAACUGCUAACGAAAAUGCCAUAGCAGCUGCUAAACGACAGGGUCAGAUAAAGUAAUUUGUCACUACUAAUUGUAAGCAAAAUUUUUUGUCCUUUUCUUAAAAUUUUCUUUUAUACAAUAUAGUAAACAAAUCGUUACUUGAAUCUUUAUGUAAUAAAUUAAUUUAUCUCAUAUUUUGUAUGAACUUGGUUUCAUAAAUACUUUUUCAAUUUCGCAAAGUCUGAAACAAUACAAAAUGUUUUAAUGUUCUGUAU